ACACAUCUACCCGCAUUCCUCUCUAUAACAUGGGUCGUUUACGCCGAUCGAGAACGCAUCACGCGCAGAGAGAUGUGCAUAGAGCCUCAAGGACGCGGGCACGGACGAAAGACCUGGACCAGAUUCAGCUUAUUGACUUAGAUCCGAAGAAUCGAGCUGCCUUGGAGGCACAGCCAAUAGAUUACGAAAAGCCAGGCCUCGCGCAACACUACUGCGUAGAGUGUGCAAAAUACUACGAAAGUGAUGCCGCUUUGAAGUCACAUUGGCGAAGCAAGGUCCACAAGCGACAGCUGAAGCAGCUGAAGGAGCCGGCUUACACCAUCGAGGAGUCUGAACGAGCUGCAGGACUGGGCCGGGAAGGAAAGAGGCCGACUACGUCAACAGUUCCGCCAAUAUCGACGGAGCAUGACGUUGAGACGUAAGGUCUUUGUACGAUAUGGGCACGAUUUAAUUUAUUAGGUUGUCGCUUCCUUGGGUAUCUACCCUUUGCAGAAGAACCUGUGCUCCUCGAUCUGACGCUGCUGCUGUAGAUGUUUCCUUCUCGAAUUGAGCUCGUUGCAUCCCGAUCGCUUCGGUCUAUUGACAUGGCUUAUACAGUCAAAAAGAAGUUGAUAUGUCUGUCCCCGCCAUCAUAGCCACCACUGCCUUAAUCUUUGUCCCCCGUAAAAGCCUGUCAAAAACGAGCAGCUCAAGGCACAAGUUGACUAACUCUUACCUUCCAGAACGCGAGAUCUCCCUCACUAACAAUUUACCUGCCUCGUCCGCCAAUGAAGAGCCCCGGCCUUGCGGGAGUAAGGAGGACGCCGCUCGCUCU